GAAAAAAAAAAAAACAAAAACAAAAAGAGGGAAACUUCAUUGUAAAAGAAAGAGAGAUAAAACUUGGCUCUUCUUCUUCUUCUUCCAAUGUUCUAAAACUGCGUUCUUCCUCGUCACUCUCUUGUGGGUGGUUCCGCUUAUCUCUCCAAAUUUGUAAUUCGAAACAUUUAAACAAAAUUAUCCAUUUUCUCUUUCAUCUCAAUCUCUUAAUUUAUUCUAUGAUUUUUGCUAUUUUUGUGUAAAAAUUUCUGAGCUCGAAUUUUUUUUGGGAAGGCGUGAAUUCUAAAGAUUAGAUUUCGUAAUUAAAUCUAGAUCUGUUUAAUAAUUAAUUGAAAGUCAUUGUUGUUUUUGUCUUGCUGAUUUCAAAAGUCAGGGUUUGGAAUUUGAUUCGAAGUUUUCUGUUAUGGUGAAGUUUCUGGAAAAGUAAUUGUGAAAAAAGGGGGCAAAAAAAGAAGAAAGGGUGUUUUUCUACAUAUUAUAAGAGCCACUUUAUAGAUCUUUUGCUUUAUGCAAUUUUUUUUUCUUGUGGAAAUAAGGGAUUCUUCACUUUUGUUGAAAGUUUUGAACUCCUAAUAUUUAUAUAUUUGAAAUGGGUUUGUAUAAAUUCCAAUUCUAGUAUGAUCUCAUAGCUUCAAUUAUUUUAUGUUCCAUUUAAUUGGAGUUUUAUUCUUGUCAAGAUUAAUCAAAUAGCAUUGGAGAUUGAUCUAAUUGCAAAUCAUGUUUGUGGGUUUCUGAGAAUCUGAUUGAGAACUGUGAAUUUUGUUGUAUGUUAAUGGGUUUUGGAGAUUUUUCAUUAAAUUACCAAUUUAAUGGAUUAUGUUAUUGGGUUUUGGAGAAUUUGAUUGAACGAGUGAAUUUUUGUGGGAAUUAUUUGAUAGAAAGUUGAAAAAGAAAGUAAAAAUAGAGGAGGGUAUAGUAAGAUCAGUUGUGACGGAUUCAUCUAUAGAGCGUAGAAGGUGUAAUUGUGUAGCUGGACUGGAUUGCAUAGUUAAUAUAAUCAGGGCCCUGAGAAUGGGUUCCUGCUUAUCUGCAGAAAGCAGGAGCCCUCUUCCUGGUUCUCCUUCUGCUUCUUUAGGGGUCAGGAAGAGGAAGAACUCUAAGAAACGAUUCGGUUCGUCUAGGAGUUCUUCCUUUGAAUAUAGAAAGGAUGAUCACCUUUCUAAAAUCCCUGGCAGGUUGUUCUACAAUGGGGCGACUGAGCUCGCCUCAUUGUUCACUCAACAGGGCAAGAAGGGUACCAAUCAAGAUGCUAUGAUUGUUUGGGAGAACUUUUGCUCGAGAAAUGACACAAUAUUUUGUGGGGUUUUUGAUGGUCAUGGACCUUAUGGUCAUAUGGUUGCUAAGAGAGUUAGAGAUUCCCUUCCUCAGAAACUGAAUGCUCAAUGGGAAGUUAAUACAAAGAGUGAAGAUUCUCCCAGGGAGAUUAGCCUUAAUUCCAGUAGCUUAAAUUCAGAAGAUGCUUCGUUCAUAUCUGCUGAUGAUGAAUCCCGAGUCUCUGCUGAUCUCGAAGAAACAGAUAAGGAGCCGGAAAUCUUCCAGAUUUUGAAAUAUUCCUUUCUAAAAGCUUUUAGAAUGAUGGACCGGGAAUUGAGAGUGCACACUAAUGUUGAUUGCUUCUGCAGUGGGACUACAGCAGUAACUCUUAUUAAGCAGGGGCAUGACCUUAUUGUUGGAAAUGUUGGAGACUCGAGAGCUGUGUUGGGAACCAGGGAUAAAAAUAAUGGUCUGGUUGCUGAGCAGUUGACUGUUGAUCUCAAACCCAAUCUCCCAGCGGAAGCAGAGAGAAUCAAGAAGUGCAGAGGACGUGUUUUUGCCCUUCGAGAUGAGCCUGAUGUCGCUCGGGUUUGGCUGCCGAAUACUGAUUCCCCUGGCCUUGCCAUGGCUCGUGCAUUUGGAGAUUUCUGCCUCAAGGAUUUCGGCCUUAUAGCAGUGCCUGAUGUAUCAUACAGACGCCUCACUAACAAGGAUGAAUUCGUUGUUUUGGCUACAGACGGGAUAUGGGACGUCCUCUCGAACAAAGAAGUAGUUGAGAUAGUUGCCGGAGCCUCUUCGCGAUCCACUGCAGCUAAGGAUAUUGUUCAAACGGCAGUUCUAGCUUGGAAAAUGAAGUACCCAACAUCGAAAAUCGAUGAUUGUGCAGUGAUCUGUCUCUUCCUUGACUCAGACUCGGACAACCUAUCUUCCGCGUAUGCUACCCAAGAGAAAGAACAGAAAGCUUCGGCUGCACAAGUUCAAGGAUCUGGGAUUGAUAGAGAGCAUGCCAAUGGUCCCACCACCCUUGGCCGGUCUGCAACUGUUAGAAACGAAGCAAAUGAUGAAGGUGCGAUUCAGGAAACUAGCAAUGAUGAGGGAGAAGAUGGAACUGAGGAUGAUAUGGUAUUGGAUGACUAUUCAGCGUUAGAAGGCGUUACUCGGGUAAAUACAUUGUUGAAUUUACCAAGGUAUAAGCCUGGAAAAUAGGACAAUCGAAAGGAAGAAGAGACCCUAAACGAUGAAAGGAGACGCAGGGUCAGUUUUUCUUCUCUCGUUUGUUGUUACUUUUUUACGGUCCGCAUAGUUUAUCUUCAGAAAUUGUAAUUUGAGUGGAGAGACUUGCCUAGCUAUAUUUGGGUCCUGGGAAGUACUUUUCUCCAUUUGUAGUUUGGUUAGCCCAUAAAUUUUGUAAAAUAAAAAAACAAAAAGAAAAGAAAAGGAAUUUAUUGUAAUAUGUUGGUUAUAAAA